UCAGCCGUCACACAAUCUUCAACGCCUGUCGUCCAGGUGACGUCUGCUUCAAUCACUGCUUCAGCAUCAUCGUCAACCAUGACACAAUCUUCAACACCUGUUCUCCAAUCCACGUCAGCUACAAUCACUCCUACAACAUCAUCGUCAGCUGUGACACAAUCUUCAACAUCUGUUGUCCAGUCGGCGUCUUCUACAACCGCUGCUUCAACAUCAUCGUCAGCUGUGACACAAUCUUCAACACCUGUUGUCCAGUCGAUGUCUGCCGCCAUCGCUGCUUCAGCAUCAUCGUCAACUGUAACACAAUCUACAACGCCUGUUGCCCAGCCGACGUCUGCUACAAUCGCUACUUCUGCAUCAUCCUCAACGUCUGUUGCCGAAUCGACGUCUGUCACAAUUGCUGCUUCAGUAUCCCCCUCAACGCCUUUUGUGCAGUCGACUUUUGCUACAAUCACUCCUUCGACAUUAUCUUCAGGUGUCACACAAUCUUCAACACCUGUUGUCCAGUCGAUGUCUGCUGCCAUCGCUGCUUCAGCAUCAUCGUCAGCUGUAACACAAUCUUCAACACCUGUUGCCCAGCCGACGCCUAAUACAAUCGCUGCUUCAACAUCAUCCUCAACGUCUGUUGCCAAAUUGACGUCUGUCACAAUUGCUGCUUCAGUAUCCCCCUCAACGCCUUUUGUGCAGUCGACUUUUGCUACAAUCACUCCUUCGACAUUAUCUUCAGGUGUCACACAAUCUUCAAUACCUGUUGUCCAGUCGGCGUCUUCUACAACCGCUGCUUCAACAUCAUCGUCAGCUGUAACACAAUCUUCAACACCUGUUGUCCAGUCGACGUCUGCCACAAUCGCUGCUUCAACAUCAUCUUCAGGACCUGUUGCCCAAACGACAUCUGCCACAAUCACUGCUUCAGUAUCAUCCUCAACGCCUGUUGCCCAGCCGACGUCUGCUACAAUCACUGCUUCAGCAUCAUCUUCAAAGUUUGUUUCCCAAUCGUCUUCUCCCACAACGGCUUCUUCCCCAUCAUCCUCAACGCCUGUUGCUCAGACGACAUCUGCUACAAUCACUCCUUCAACGUCCUCAUCAGCCGUCACACAAUCUUCAACGCCUGUCGUCCAGGUGACGUCUGCUUCAAUCACUGCUUCAGCAUCAUCGUCAACCAUGACACAAUCUUCAACACCUGUUCUCCAAUCCACGUCAGCUACAAUCACUCCUACAACAUCAUCGUCAGCUGUGACACAAUCUUCAACAUCUGUUGUCCAGUCGGCGUCUUCUACAACCGCUGCUUCAACAUCAUCGUCAGCUGUGACACAAUCUUCAACACCUGUUGUCCAGUCGAUGUCUGCUGCCAUCGCUGCUUCAGCAUCAUCGUCAACUGUAACACAAUCUACAACGCCUGUUGCCCAGCCGACGACUGCUACAAUCGCUACUUCUGCAUCAUCCUCAACGUCUGUUGCCAAAUCGACGUCUGUCACAAUUGCUGCUUCAGUAUCCCCCUCAACGCCUUUUGUGCAGUCGACUUUUGCUACAAUCACUCCUUCGACAUUAUCUUCAGGACCUGUUGCCCAAACGACAUCUGCCACAAUCACUGCUUCAGUAUCAUCCUCAACGCCUGUUGCCCAGCCGACGUCUGCUACAAUCACUGCUUCAGCAUCAUCUUCAAAGUUUGUUUCCCAAUCGUCUUCUCCCACAACGGCUUCUUCCCCAUCAUCCUCAACGCCUGUUGCUCAGACGACAUCUGCUACAAUCACUCCUUCAACGUCCUCAUCAGCCGUCACACAAUCUUCAACGCCUGUCGUCCAGGUGACGUCUGCUUCAAUCACUGCUUCAGCAUCAUCGUCAACCAUGACACAAUCUUCAACACCUGUUCUCCAAUCCACGUCUUCAACAUCUGUUGUCCAGUCGGCGUCUUCUACAACCUCGAUGUCUGCUGCCAUCGCUGCUUCAGCAUCAUCGUCAACUGUAACACAAUCUACAACGCCUGUUGCCCAGCCGACGACUGCUACAAUCGCUACUUCUGCAUCAUCCUCAACGUGUCACACAAUCUUCAACACCUGUUGUCCAGUCGAUGUCUGCUGCCAUCGCUGCUUCAGCAUCAUCGUCAACUGUAACACAAUCUACAACGCCUUUUGCCCAGCCGACGUCUGCUACAAUCGCUACUUCUGCAUCAUCCUCAACGUCUUAUCAUCCUCAACGCCUGUUGCCCAGCCGACGUCUGCUACAAUCACUGCUUCAGCAUCAUCUUCAAAGUUUGUUUCCCAAUCGUCUUCUCCCACAACGGCUUCUUCCCCAUCAUCCUCAACGCCUGUUGCUCAGACGACAUCUGCUACAAUCACUCCUUCAACGUCCUCAUCAGCCGUCACACAAUCUUCAACGCCUGUCGUCCAGCUACAAUCACUCCUACAACAUCAUCUAUCAUCCUCAACGCCUGUUGCCCAGCCGACGUCUGCUACAAUCACUGCUUCAGCAUCAUCUUCAAAGUUUGUUUCCCAAUCGUCUUCUCCAACAACGGCUUCUUCCCCAUCAUCCUCAACGCCUGUUGCUCAGACGACAUCUGCUACAAUCACUGCUUCAACAUCCUCAUCAGCCGUCACACAAUCUUCAACGCCUGUCGUCCAGGUGACGUCUGCUUCAAUCACUGCUUCAGCAUCAUCGUCAACCAUGACACAAUCUUCAAUCACCUGUUCUCCAAUCCACGUCAGCUACAAUCACUUCUACAACAUCAUCGUCAGCUGUCACACAAUCUUCAAUACCUGUUGUCCAGUCGGCGUCACGUCUGCUACAAUCACUGCUUCAGCAUCAUCUUCAAAGUUUGUUUCCCAAUCGUCUUCUCCCACAACGGCUUCUUCCCCAUCAUCCUCAACGCCUGUUGCUCAGACGACGUCUGCCGCCAUCGCUGCUUCAGCAUCAUCGUCAACUGUAACACAAUCUACAACGCCUGUUGCCCAGCCGACG